AUGGCACAAAACGAGGAGCCAAUGAAGCUCAUAUUGACGGGCAGUCCCCGCGAGAUCGGAUAUAGCCAUGGAAGAGCCUUGCGAGAUCAAAUCCGUAGCCAAAUCAGCGUCUACGACGCCCUGUUUCAAUACACCUCGAAGCUAUCAUGGCCCGAGGUGCGCGAGGUUUCUCGGGAGUUUCAACCUCAUCUUAUGAAACUAGUGCCGCAUCUCUACACCGAAAUGGAGGGAAUCGCCGAAGGAGCAGAGCUCGACAUACUCGACAUCCUGGCUCUGAACUGCCGCAGCGAGAUCGCCUUGGGCAAGUUCUCGGACGGAUGUACAACUUUGAGUUGGAAAAAGAACAACAACUCACGAGUCUUGUCUCAGAAUUGGGACUGGACCAAAAGAGUGAGCAAGAACUUGGCCAUGGUCUCCAUUGAGCAGCCUGGAAAGCCUACGAUUUACAUGGUAACCGAGGCAGGCAUUGUGGGUAAGAUCGGAUUCAACACUGCCGGCGUUGGAACCUGUCUGAACGCCAUCCGUGCCAAACCGAUGAUUAGUAGCAAGAUCCCGAUCCACGUCGCUCUUCGGCUAUGUCUUGAGAGUGACUCGGCAGAAGCUGCUGUGAAGACUCUCGAAUUGAUCGGCGGAGUUGCCUCGGCUCAGCAUAUCUUGAUCGCUGAUAGUACCACGGCUUUGGGACUUGAGUUAUCGCCGGUCGGAAACAAGUACAUCCCUGAAGAUGCAUCGGGCAUUAUCGGUCAUACCAACCACUUUAUUGAGAACCGAUAUGUAGAUGAGCCGCCGUGGCUGUCUGGAUCCCCGAUUCGCCUCAAGCGGCUGGGUGUAUUGACACAGGAAUUGAUCGCAAAUGGUAUCGAGGGGGAUGCAAUCACGCCCACUUUGCUGAGAGAACGUGUCUUCUCGGAUACGUUUAAUGCUCCACAGUCAAUUUGCUGCGAAGAAGAUCCAUCGCGCGAUAUUUCGAACCGAAGCAGCUCCUUGUUUAACAUCGUGAUGAAUCUGGACGCGAAGAAUGUUAGUGCCGAAGUGGUCUUCGGUCGCGUGGGAUCUGGAGAAGACGGGCCCAUUUUGAAAAUGCCGUGGUAG